CACCACAGCUUACAGCUUAGAAGCACAAGACAAGCAACCAAAUCUUCUUCAGGGUCCUCUGCAAUGGCGUCGUCCACCAUGGCACUCUCCUCCCCGGGUCUUGCCGCGGCCAAGAUCGCCUCCUCCAACGUGUUUGGCGAGGGCCGCAUCACAAUGCGCAAGACGGCGGCCAAGGCCAAGCCCGCCGCUUCCAGCAGCCCGUGGUACGGCCCGGACCGUGUCCUCUAUCUCGGCCCACUCUCCGGUGAUGCGCCGUCCUACCUCACCGGCGAGUUCCCCGGGGACUACGGCUGGGACACUGCCGGGCUCUCGGCUGACCCCGAGACGUUCUCGAAGAACAGGGAGCUCGAGGUGAUCCACUGCCGGUGGCCCAUGCUCGGUGCUCUCGGCUGCGUCUUCCCGGAGCUCCUCGCUCGCAACGGCGUCAAGUUCGGUGAGGCCGUGUGGUUCAAAGCUGGUUCUCAGAUCUUCAGUGAAGGUGGCCUGGACUACCUUGGCAACCCCAGCCUUGUCCACGCGCAGAGCAUCCUUGCCAUUUGGGCCUGCCAGGUCGUGCUCAUGGGCGCUGUCGAGGGGUACCGCGUUGCCGGUGGCCCGCUCGGUGAGAUCGUCGACCCCCUCUACCCCGGCGGUAGCUUCGACCCCCUCGGUCUGGCCGAUGACCCUGAGGCGUUUGCGGAGCUCAAGGUGAAGGAGAUCAAGAAUGGCCGGCUCGCCAUGUUCUCCAUGUUUGGCUUCUUCGUCCAGGCCAUCGUCACCGGCAAGGGGCCCCUUGAGAACCUUGCCGACCACCUCGCCGAUCCCGUCAACAACAACGCCUGGGCAUUCGCCACCAACUUCGUCCCCGGCAAGUGAAUAUGAGGCGAUGCCCGUUCUCUGCGGCGCUUGGGAUGGAACAGACAUGAGUUGUGUGAAACAAAGCAAGCGGUACUGCAGCUUUUUUUUCACCUGUACGAUUAUUCAUCCGAUGAGGUCAUGUAACAGUAUUUGAUUGGUUUAUCGAACAAGAAUGAUGGUAAACUUCCAAAAGAAAAAAAAACUUGCAAGAUGACGGUCUGGAAGAUUACUGAAAUUCUCUCUGAAACAAA